CAUCACACCUACAACCACACCGCGGGCACGCACAGCAUGGCCGACCUCGCCCCAUCCGCAGGACCGAGCCGCGUCGCCGACGCCCCAGCCGCCACGACAGUGCCAGCAGAGAACGGCGCUUUGAACGGCACGACACAUGGCAGCGCAGACGACGACGACGACGAGGACCAGCUCGGCCCGGACGGGCUGCCGAAGAACGCGAGCGAGACGCUGUACCUGCACAACCUGAACGAGAAGGUCCGGAUACCUGUCCUCACCCAAACCCUCGCAUCGCUGUUCAAGCCGUACCGCCCCCUCCAGCCCGUGGUGGCGCACCGUAAUGCCCGGAUGCGCGGGCAGGCGUUCAUCAGCUUUGCGGACAAGGCGACGGCUGAUCUGGCAAGGCGGGAUGUGAACGAGUUUCCGCUGUAUGGGAAGCCUGUGAUCAUCGCCUUCGCGCGCACACAAUCCGACGUUGUCCAUAAGCGGCAGGACGGGGAGGAGGGGCUCGAGGAGUGGAAGAAGGUCCGGUUGGCAGACAAGAAGCUCAAACGCAAGGACAACCCCUUCCGCCGAAAACAGAUUGCCAAGCACAAGGCCGGCGCGGACGACACGGCCGGCCCCAGCGCAGCCAAGAAGCCGCGCCUGCAAAUGCCAGACGAGUACCUGCCGCCCAACCCGGUGCUGUUCAUCCAGAACCUGCCCGACGGCACGACGCAAGAGGACCUGCGCGAGGUGUUUGAACAGUACCCUGGCCUCGUAGAGAUCCGUACCAUUGCCGCCAAGAAGGACAUUGCGUUCGUCGAGUUUGAGGGCGAGGACUCGGCGACGGUCGCCAAGGACGCGCUGCACAACUUCAAGAUUGACGGCGAGACGAAGAUGAAGGUGACGUAUGCGCGCAAGUAGAUGGAUGCAGGCAUUGUAUGUUGAACACGGG